AUGCCGUUGGAGCUCACAUGUUUGGUUGGAGCUAGUUCCUUUGCCGCUGGUUGGUUGGGGCGGAGGUGGUUCCCGUCCGUUGGAGCUCCAACGGAGCGAUGCUUUCGUGGCAGUGUUGCAGGCUCUUUGCACCGGAGGCUCUGCGAAGAUUUGCACGGAACAUCUGCAGGGGCCUACUUGAAGCUGUGCACUUCGAUGAAGGAGGACCAUUCAUAUCCUCACACCAACGUUCCUGGGGACGUCCUGUACUCCUUGUUCGAACGUUUGCGGCCUCGGUUUCUGGUGGAGGUCGGCUCCUUCAAAGGUGGCAGCAGCAUCCGCAUCGUCUCGGCUUUGUUGCGGCUCGAGCUGGCCCAGGUAGAGGUCAAACCCUGCCUGGUUUGCAUUGACACUUUUCUGGGAGAUGCUGCGAUGUGGUUGAACAAGCAAGCAACUGGGAGAUCAAGCUUGUUGCUGAAAGAUGGCUGCCCACAGCUCUACAUGCAAUUCAUGGUGAACACAGCGAAAUACGCAGAUAUCAUCGUGCCAUUUCCGAUUGCUUCCCUAUGUGGCCUGCGUGCUCUUCAGUUAUUGGCGGCGGAUGGAAGAACGCCUUUGGUUGACUUUCUGUAUCUGGAUUCCGCUCACUUGAAAGGAGAAACAAAACUGGAAAUUACAGAGGCCUUCAAGUUGGUGCGACCCGGUGGUAUUUUGUUGGGAGAUGACCUUGAUUGGCCUGCAGUGGAAGCAGAUCUUUCUUCCUUCCUGGCAGAUCAUGCGGAAAGCACAAGUCAGUCGGCGGAUGACGCCCUCCUCAAUGCGUUGCCCGGUGCCUUCUUCUUUGCAGCAGGUGGCUAUUGGGUGGUGGAAGCCCAGCCCCGUCAGUGGAUGCUCCGCAAGCCGACCAGCCAGGGGACCAGCCCUGGCAGCCAGAAGACCUUGGAGGCAGCACGAGAGGAACUGAAAGCAGAGAUUCUGGCAGCUGAGAUGUGUGAGAAGCCUGCAGAAUUUGUCGCGGCGACCGAUGAAGACCAGGAGGCCAUGGCAGUGUAUCAGCAGGGUAUUGCGAAGCUGGAGAUGGGAGAUACAGCAGAAGGAAGUCGGCUCUUGAAGGUCGCUGCAAAGAUGUCACCAUCUUUAGAGUAUCAUUUUUUGUUGCGAUGA